ACUUUUGAGUAAACAGAAGUUUUGAAGAGUGGAGUAACGACAAAACUAUCAACUGUUUAUUUUAUAGGAGAGACUUUUACGCGAGAAUAGUCUUUUCUCUUUAUGUGAAAUGUUUAAUAAAUAUUAUUAGAUAUAGAGUUCUUCGACAUUUUUCAUACAAAUUAUGGAAAGCAAUUCGGAUUUCGAUAAUAAAUCUACAAUUGAACAAUCUACAAAAGAGAUUAUUCGAACUUUUGCUGGAAAGACAGCUUUUAAAUGGGAUAAUUACGAGUCUUCUCCCAAUUUGGAAAUAUGUAAUCUUGGCUUAACAGUAAAAAAAUGUUUAUCUACGGAUACUGCAGAUAUAGCUAGGAGUACAUCUGGAUAUACUGAAGGCAUACACAUCUUUAAAGUGAAUUGGCCUAAGAAAAAAAGAGGCGAGGUUGCUAUAAUAGGUGUAUCUACAGAUCAAGUUCCAGUUUGUCGUUCACAAAUUGUUCAGAUUUUCGAUUCAAACGAAGUUCUUCUUGGUUGGGAUAUCGUUAAUAAUCAGUCAUUUUUUAAUGGGAAUUUAAUUAAGAAUUAUCCCAAAGAUCGAAAUCCCAACUACGCAGUGCCUGAAAAUUUUUAUAUGAUUUUAGACCUUGAUAAAGGCAUAUUAGCGUUUAGAACGGAUGACGAGGAAUUUGGCUUUUGUUAUUGUGAAUUAAAUAGUAUAUUUGCUGAACAGGGGAUUAAACUAUAUCCCGUUAUUAAUCUUACAUCAGCUGGUAGCGAAGUUACCGUGGUAGAAAUUCAUAAUUCAUCUCAUGAUCCCUCCAAAAGAAGGAUUGGAAUGCUACUAGAGAUGUCAGUUAAAUGGCGUAUGUUAAAUUCAAUGAUGAUACAUAAAAGUUCGGAUAAGGUCAAUGUCAUACUUCAAAUUAUACAAGAAUUUUUGGAACUAAAUUUUAUGGUUAGAGAUGAUCUAUGGAUGUAUAAAACAUAUUUAAAAAUGAUGACAAAACUUGAUGAUACCAGAGCUUUAAAUCUUUUUCAAAUAUUCUCCCUAACACAAAUAAGAGAUAGUGUCGGUGUUCAAUGCUUCAUUGCAGUAUCUCGACUUAUGUAUUAUUAUACUUGGGGAAAUGCUCUUUUUCCCAUUGCACUCGUUAAUCAAAAAUGCUUAGAUACUAUUAUAGAUACUUUUCAAAUUAUGCCUAAACUAUCAAUAGCGCAAGACGUAAAAAGCGAGAUUCUAGUAAAUUCAAUAGGCCUUUUACACAAUUUGUCAAAGGUGACAAUAAUAAAAGAUGAAAUAAUACGAAAGAGGAUUCAUGGAAUUUUGGAGAAUUAUUGCGAUACGAUAGCAUAUCCACCGACAGUUUGUCUUAUUAGCGUUAUGACUCUAGGUAACGUUUUAUACAGCGAUAAUCGACAAGCUUGGAUAGUGCCAGAAAAACUAUUAGAAAUCUUAGUGGAAUUGACUAUAAAAGCCAUAAAAGAAGGACAUGCAAAAUUUUCAACAAUGUAUGUUUUUCCCAGAGAAGCGUUGGAAACUUUACUAGCAAUAUUGGAUUGUGCGGAAAAUUGUCAUUUUCUAUUAAAAAGGAAUUUAAUUGGCAUCUUAAACGACGCUUUAAUUCAAUUAUCAAAUGACAACGUUUGUCUCGAAUUAGCACAGCAAUGCUUGAAUAAAUUAUUUACGUUAAUUGUUAUGACUCAUGAGGGUAAAGAUCAACAAUAUCGAAAAAUUGUUAAAGUUAAUGGCUUAGUGGAUGUAUUAAAGAAGUUGGACGAGAGAGAUUUCAAUUAUCUUUCAAUGACGUCAAAAAUAUGUCUUUAUAAGAUACAAAAAUUUACAAUAGGAAAAAUAAAAGGCGAAUGCAUUUUAGAGAAUUUAAGUAGACGCUUCUUAAAAGAAUAUAUUAAUAUUGACAAUAAAUCGUAUCUCUUGAACCAAUAUGAUAAAUGUUAUUGUCCAGUUUGUCAUUCGAUAAGGAAUGAAGCCGAAGGGGUAUCUCAUGGUAUCCCACCAAGAUAUCAUUCCUUACCUAUUGGAUGGUUUAGAUUUGCUCUUAAAAUACCUUCUCAAGCCAAAUCGGAAAGAGCUUCUGAAACUUGGCAUAGAGCAUUUCAUGGAACAAGAGUUGAUAGGGUUUAUACAAUUUUGCGCCAGGAGGAACUACUUUUACCAGGAGAGAUGACUGCUGACGGUCACAGAAUAAAAGAACUACCUGGACAUUACAACAAUGAUAAUAAACCAGAAGGUUUCAAUACAAAGAGAAUAUUUGUCUCACCUUCUCUUCGCUAUGCAAAUUACUAUUCUCCAGGAAAACAGUAAGCUAAAUAAUUAGAAUAGCAAUAGAAACAAUUUAAAAAAAACCCUCCUAUUUUUCAAAAGAUGGAACGGUUGUACAGUUAAAGCAGCAUUUCAAGUUCUAAUUAAGCCUAAUUGCUAUAAUAUUGGACCCGAAACAAUUGGUGUUAAAAAGCAAAUUGAUUUAAUGUAAAUGCAAACUAAAACUACUCCUUUAUAAUUAAAUGAAUUAAUUGAUUUUUAAUUAUUCAUUCAGGUAUUCAAACUAUGAUCUCGAAUGGUUUACAGAAAAUAGAAGUUCUGUUGUACUGCACAGUCUACUAAUUAAAAUCGAAAAGAACGAAAAAUAAACUCUUUUUCUACUUUCGUUUUCUAAGUAAUUUUUUUUUAAUUAAUUAUAAUUUAAAAAAUAUUGUUGAAAAAUAUUAUUAUCAACAAAUUUUCAACCUUAAAUACUUAUCUUUUUUUUGAUUUUCUGUUUUUGUCUUUCAUCACUUUGUUACUCUUACAAUCUAUUUUUAAUUAUUUUUUCUUUAAAAAAAAAAAGAAACGCAGAAACUUGAAAUUGAAUCGUAAAGAGAAUAAAAAAUAUCAUUGAAGUUGUAAUCGUGUAAUCAUCUUGUUUUUAUUUUCGUUUAUAUUUCUAUUGUUAUAAGGCGUAUAUGAAGGCCUAUCGUUAUAAAGUAAAUAAAACGUUAUUGCAUACAAACUUUGUUUUAA